AUAUUUCCGACUGAUGCAGACAAAGAGAAGAUUGCAAAAAGAGAAGAGGUUGCAAAGAGAGAAGAGGUUGCAGGCACUGCACCCUCCCUGGUGUCUGGCAGGGCUGCAGCAUUUACAGUCGGCAGAGGCGAGCACCUCCCCUUUAAAAGAUCCUGUCUAAAUAGGAGCUGGAGGAGCCCAUUUCUAACAGCUGUGCAGUCAAGGACUUGUUAGAGCAUUCAGCAGAAUGGAACCACAGAAGGAAACCACGACCUGGGAAUCCUUCCGCGCAAAGACCAAACCGUUCUUGCAGAAUUUUAAGAGAAGCAAAAUGUCAAGUAAGAGGAAAGAAGGAAAGAGACGGCAUCUUUUGGACCAGCGGAUGAGUGUGUCGGAGCCGGACAUGGUGCAAGUAGGCAAAACCUACAGCGAGAGCUGCUCCCGUGUGCUUGUCCAGACCUCCACUGUCAAUUACUUCAGCAGCCCUUCCACCCCUGUUAAGAAACUGGAUAAAAAUAGCGGGCAGGCUGUGCUUCAGGAUGUUACAGUACCAUCAGGCCAGCCUGAGAAGCUGGAGAGCACCUGCGCUGAAAAAGAAGCACCCUCGCCCACCACAUUAUCCAUGUCGGUGAAGGAAUCCGGCAAAAGCGGCUCCGAGGACCUGCUAGAAAGCAACGUCUCUGCUGGAACAGAUGAAAAGUUUGUGGAAUAUCUCAGUGAAAGCACUGACCUAGACUCGUCGCAGAGUUCACAGUUCUUUGACGAAGCGGCCUUCGAACAACAAGAAGGGAAAAGUCGAGAUCCUUUGGCGUGUGGUAUGCCCUCGUACCUUUUAACAAUCCAGCUGAAGGAAGGCCGGAAUCUGGUAAUCAGGGAUCGCUGUGGUACAAGUGACCCUUAUGUCAAAUUCAAACUGGCUGGUAAAACGCUGUACAAGAGCAAGAUCGUGUACAGAAACUUAAACCCUCGAUGGGACGAGACCUUUGUCGUUCCAAUCAAGAACUUAAAUCAAAAGCUGUAUGUCAAGGUGUAUGACCGAGACUUGACAACAGAUGAUUUCAUGGGUUCUGCAUAUCUCAGUCUGAAUGAUCUUGAAGUGAACAGCACUGUCCAGACGGAAUUACAGCUUGAUGACCCAAACAGCCUGGAGGACUACAUGGGAGAGAUUAUCUUGGAGAUAAAACUCACCAACAAACCAAGGGACAGCAGAAGAAAUCGGAUCAGUCGAGUCAGGAAGAAACGAGGAGCGAAUACAAAGACUAGCUUCAUCCAGAAUAUCCGACUGUCCGAUGCUCUUCGGAAAAGCCAGCUGUGGGAUGGGAUUGUCAGCAUUAUCCUCUUUGAAGGGAAGGGGAUCAAAGAAGAUGCAAUUGAAGGAUGCUAUGUCAAAUUCCGGCUCGGGGACGAAAAAUACAAAAGCAAGGUUCUGUACAAGUGCACAAAUCCUCAAUGGAGAGAACAAUUUGAGUUCCAUCUGUUCAAUGACAGGAUGAAUAUUUUGGAAGCUGAAGUCUAUGGGAAGGGCAGCCAGAAACAGGAAGGAAGCUUUGGCAUAUGCAAGGUUAACCUUUCAACGUUGUCGAAAGGACAAACACACCGUUUGGAGCUGUUACUGGAGAAUGGACAUGGCUCCUUGGUUUUGCUGCUCACACUCACCACUUGCAGUGAAGUCUCCAUCUCUGACCCAUGUGCCAGCCUGCUAAAUGAUGAGACUGAAAGACAGCAGAUCAUUCAGAGAUAUAGUUUGAGGAACACUUUGCAGGACUUGGGCGACAUUGGGUUUCUGCAAGUACAAGUGAUAAAAGCCUGUAAUCUCGCGGCUGCAGAUUUUGCAGGAAAAAGUGAUCCAUUCUGUGUUCUGGAGUUGGGGAAUGAUAAACUACUAACCCACACAGUGUACAAGAACCUCAAUCCUGAAUGGAACAAAGUCUUCUCAUUUAAUAUUAGGGACAUCCAUGAUGUCCUUGAGGUAACGGUCUUUGAUGAAGAUGGAGACAAGCCACCAGACUUUCUUGGCAAAGUUGCAAUACCCUUGCUUUCCGUCAAGAAUGGUCAACAGACUGCCUAUAUUCUGAAGAACAGAAAGCUGGGCAGACCAGAGAAAGGAGUCCUUUACUUGCAGAUGGAUAUAAUCUAUAACCCGAUUAAAGCGAGUCUCCGAACAUUUACACCCAAAGAACCGAGGAACCAAGAAGAAAAUACCAAGUUUUCAAAAAAGACAUUAACGAGGAACGUACGGCGUGUUCGAAACCUCACAAUGGCGAUAUGGAAUACACUCCAGUACAUCCAGAGCUGCUUUGAAUGGCAAUCUGCCCAGAGAAGUGUAAUUGCCUUUCUGUUGUAUUUGGUAAUUGUCUGGAUAUUUGAGAUCUAUAUGCUUCCACUUGCCCUCUUGAUGCUUUUUGCCUGGUACUACAUUCAGAUGGCUAGAGGGAAGGUUGUCAACCAACACGACAUGGAGGAUGAUGAUGUGGAUGAUGAUGACGAUGAGGAGGAUGAAAAGGAGUCUGAAAAAAAAGGAUUAAUAGGCAAGAUCCACAUGGUUCAAGAUAUUGUUAUUACCAUUCAAAAUAUCCUGGAUAAGGCAGCAUCGUUUGGUGAAAGAAUCAAAAACACCUUCAACUGGUCGGUCCCUUUCCUUUCCAAACUUGCCUGUACCGUGCUUGCUGUCUGCACACUUGUGUUGUACUUUGCCUCACUGAGGUAUCUCCUGCUGAUCUGGGGCAUACACAAAUUCACGAAGAAGCUAAGAAAUCCAUACGCCAUCGAUAGUAACGAGCUGCUUAACUUCCUCUCCAGAAUUCCAUCAGAUGUCCAAAAGGUGCAGCAUGCCGAGCUGAAAAUGAGCAACGGCCUCACUCCUGUUAGGAAGAAGAAAGGCAAUUCAUAGCUCGCGGAGCAAGAUGGACUGCUCGAUUGUUUGGCUGAAAGCGACAUUGAGAGUUCCCACUUUGAACUGUCCACUUUAGAACUUCUUGUCUCUGUGGGUUUGGGUGUCCAUCUUAAUCAGCCGAGGUUUGAAAAUGACUUUUGUAUCAUUCAGUGGAAAUAUGUGCAAUAUUUUAAAUGCGAUGGUAUAAUUUGUGUGUUUGGAUCAAUUUAAGGUCCCUUGCGAUAUUUUUGCCUUCACCGGCCGUUGUUUCUUUUCUUGUGUCCUGAGGGAUUGGGGUCGAUUUGUGCCUUUGCUACUCGUCAAUAAUCUGACGGUGUGCCCACCAUUUAAUAACACUGCCCCACUUGAAUUCUGUUGAGUCAGGUGAGUUCAGUGAAGGAUGCACCUGAUUAUAGCCCAGGCAGCAAAGGUCGAAAGCUACCUUUCCAGAGAAAAAUAAUCCACCUGGUCCUUUUGACUGUCUGGCAUGAAAUUAUUCUUUUUGCGCUGAUUUCAGAGCACUACAAAUUGACUGCCUGUUUUAUACCCUGCCUAACUUUCCUCCAAACAGGCUACCAAUUUGUUAGUCACCCAUUUUACACGUUGCUGUCAAAGACCGGUUUCACUCCGCAGUACUUUGCAGUAUCCAGUGCCUUCAGCCGUUUCUUGACAUCAUGUGGAGUGAAUCAAAUUGGCUGAAGACUGGUAUCUAUGAAGCUGGGGACCCCCAGAGGAGGCCAAGAUGGAUCAUCCACUCAUCACUUCUGGCUUUCCGGCUCCUAGUCAUUUCUCUAUCUUUAAUUCUUUUCCCUGCCUCUCUCCCUUCCUCCCGAGAGACAUGCAAUAGGUUUUUGCACCAACUCUCGGUCCAUCAAAAAGACCUCACCUCACCGUUAACAAAGCUUCGAUUUCAGCCAGACGCUGUGGUUGGAUUUUCUCACUCUUUGAAAUCCUCCUGUGUUUCUCUAUGUUAAGGGCACAGAAUAAAACAAGGCUUUGCUCCUUGCCAAAUUGGAAGCUGCCAGAUUGAGGAGUGCCAGUUAUAGGAGUUUGUUUGGAGUCCGGGAGCCUUGCUUGAAGGCUGUGGGCAAAGGGGAGUCGCAGGCGUGCCACCCAAGGUAUUCUGUGAAUGGAAAGUCAUGGGUUCAGCCACCCAUGUGCUCAGAGGAUUACCAGGCAUUCGGAGCAUGCACAUGAGCCUCACAGGAUUGAAUUGCAGGAAUCAUCGGAGGGGCAUUUGUGGAGGGGCACUUCAAAAAGCAUCAACGAGGAAUUGUAACAAUGAGAACACACAGGACGACAUUACAACACACAGGUCAGCUCAGAUUUUGCCUGUUGGUACCGUGUGAGAUUCCAUCAUUUUCAUAAGUGAUUCCACUGCAUUGAAUUUCUCAAAGGGCAAAAGGACUAAGACUGAAUAGGAAACAUUAGAUAUUAUUUGUGUUUUAAGGUAUUUCCAGUUGCACAAUGCUGCUUAAUUGUCCUGGAGUCUGCAAUUUGUUACAUUAGCAACUACAUUUGAUAAUUUAGGAAAAUUUUGGAAUGCACUAAAUUUUUGAGCGCUGUAUCGGAGAUCAGUAGUGCCUUUGUUGAUGAACUGUGCUGUUCUUCAUACUGAUGUCCAUCUUAGCCAUUUACUUCCUUGGUUUCUCAAUGAAUCACGGAGCCAGUUUAUAUCUGUGAAUGCGAAUUGAAGUGCCAAGCAGCUGUUAGCUAAUGAUUUAUAAGCUAUUUAUUUGCAUUAUAAACAUUUUUUACUCUCUGCUCCAGAGUUCUUUGAAGUGUCUGAAGAAUGUUUGGUUAACAUAAGUAAAGUUCUUGGCCCCACUACGAGAUAGAAAAGGAAAUACUUCUGAGUGGAAUGACAGGAUAGGAGUAGCAGUGAUAUUGUGGCUCUCUGUAUGUAUGCAUGUCCAAAGAAAAAUUGCCUUACUUGCCUUCAUUUUAAAAGAGCAUUGUUGUCUGCAGUAUGGCCCUCCCUCAAUUUUAAUCCCUCCUGCCUGGCAGUAACUGGUUGGGGCAGGGGUUUGGGGGGCAACAGUUAGGAUGAGGACAGUCGCUUAGCUUCUGUGACCCUGCUGCCUUACUAUUGUAUCCUGACGUUAACCCACUCUGAGUUUACAAGCGGGACAACGGCAGGAGGGAAGUGGGGUCUUGCUUUUAAGAUGCAGAUCGGGUCCCAAAAAUGUCACCACGCUAAAGAAUUUGGUAACUUUGACAUCUCUAUUAUAUAAGUAGCUCAUUAGAGAGUUCACUCUGCCCAGAGCUGUUCGGACUCCACACCAGUUAUGCCAGGAGAAACCCCCAUCCCAUUUCCAUUUUUGGUUUGCUGAGGAAUAAAACUUUUAAAAAAAAUAUUCAUUCAUGGGACGUGGACAUCACUGGCUAGGCCAGCGUUUAUUGCCCAUCCCUAACUGCCCCUGAGAAGGUGAUGGUAAGCUGCCUUCUUGAACCAAUGGAGUCCCUAUGAACUUCCACUUGACAAGGUAAUUGUUAAAACUUAAGAGUUACAAUUUCGUGAGGCCGGGAAUUGUAUUUAACACACGAUAGGGAGAACUUUAACCCAUUGUGCUCAGCAGGAACACAGCUGGCUCACGUUGGGCACCUGUUAUAUAUCCCACUCGACCUUAUGCCCCAUUGACUAAAGGCAGGGCAUUAAACAUGUAUUUUAAAUCAAACCCGCCCUGUUCCACAGAGCAGGUAACUUUAAAUUGACAGCCAGAGCAGGUGGCACUGCUAUUCUGUAAAAACUCACUCAAUGUGCCACACUGCCACAGUUGCCAGCUACCAUUGAUUGCAUGACACAUUUAAUAUUUUAAGAAGAGAAUUCAGUCAGUUGCUUGCUGAAGAGGAGUGGUUGUUGAACAGCCAAGACUGAAGUUACCUCCUAGCAGCCUGUUCACAACAUGGCAAUAGUCGGGCAGUUGUCCAGUCAGAGACUGGUAACUCUUCAUUAUUUGGCAGCACCACUGAGAAGGCAAUGGGUGUUGCUGGUAAUGCACCUGCCUAAGGCCCAGGAUUGCCAAGGGAGCCUGCCAUGGAUGAGUGAUAGCUAGGCGUGUGGGGGUGUGGUAGAGGAGGGGGAGGGAGGUCAGCAGCAAGGGCAGGGUGGUGGCUCUCAGUGGGACCACCCCUUCCCAAGACAGGGUCCCUCGAGCAAAAACUGACAAUUGCCACUUGCCUUUGAACAAGGGACCACCCACCUCCUGAACCCCGGAAGCCACCAAGCACCCCCAACAGGGUUUGCGUUUCAGGCUUCCAGCGUAAUGAGUCCCUCGCCAGCCGCUGGGUGAAUACCAGCAGUGGCAGGAUGAGGCCCUUAAGUGAGCGUAAAUUGCCCACUUAAGGGCCUCAGUUGGUGGCCGAGUAAGAAGAUCAUUCACGAGUCUUCCAGCCCUGAAAUUAACCAAGGCAAAGGAGUGAAAGCGACGGUGUCCUCAUCCAGCACCCUCCCACCUGAUCAAGCGCCCGUCUGCCACCAAUACUGUUGGGGGGAGAGCAUUAAGUUCCGCACUACAUGCAAGACUGGACCUUCAAAGUGUUUCAUUUGUUAAGACCAAGGUAUAUUACUCCCACUGCCAAUUCUGGUUGGAUAUAGUCCAGGAGGUUUAAUCACAUGACCUCCAACCUUCCUGCUUCCACACUCCCAUCAUUGGUUGCCUGAUGCAUCAUCCAUGUGGUGUCCCACCUUCCACCAAUUGGAAAGCAAACAAACUCUUCAUUAUCCGAUUGGAUGACAGUCAAUCCACCAUUUUCCCCAUAGUUUUGUAAAUGAGAAGUAAAAGUGUCCAGAGAAAAUAGGAAGCUACUUUUACAUUAAAAAAGCCUUCCGAUAAUUUUUCUUCCAUGUACUGGUUGCAGCUGUACCCUGGAGAUGAUUGUUGAAUUCCUGGAGACAAUCCAGGAGGAUUGGCAAUCCUAUGUACAUUUUACUUUGCUCCUGUGGUCAAGCAGCAUCAUGAUUUUAAAAUUCUCACCCUUCUUUUCAAAUCCCUUGAUGGCCUACUCCUCCCUAUCGCUCUAAACUCUUCCUGACCCUUAAGCUUCCAAGAUAUCUGCACUCAUCUAAUUCUGGCUUCAUGCAUCCUCGAUUUUAAUUGCUUUCAGUUGCCUGGGCUCCAAGCUCUGGAAUACCCUUCCUACACCUCUGCACCUUUCUAGCUCUCUUACCUCCUUUAAGACACUCCUUUAAGCCUACCUCUUUGACUAAACUUUUGAUCAUCUGACCUAAUAUCUCCUUAUGUCACUCGGUGUUAUGUUUUGUUUGACAAUGCUCCUGUUUCAGUACUUUGAGAUGUUGCAUUACAUUAAAGGUGCUGUAUAAAUAUAAGUUGUUGUUUCCCUAUUUCUCAGGGCACUUUAAUUUCUCAGUUGCAAAGAAUAUGGGGAGAAUGGCGGCUUGACUUACUGUCAUCCAAUGGGAUAAUGAAGAGGCUGUUUGCUUUCCAAUAGGUAGGAAGGAGAGGCACAGCACUGACGGAUACUUCAAGCAGCCAAUAGUGGGCGGGGUGGCUAAGGUCUUGUGAUGAAACCUCCUAGAUAUAUUAACCCUUGAGGAGCGAUGGAGUUCCACUCCAAGCAUUUUUUUUUAAACAGCUUUUAUAGGUUUAAAUUAUGGAACUUUUGUUUCUGAGUGGGUUGAGCAUGUACAUUGGGAAGUUGUGGGAUUGAUGCCCUCAAUUUUUCAUCAGUUGAUGGAAAUAGAAAAAAAACAUUUGUUUUUUAUACUUCAUUUCGAGACUUCAGACACCCCAAAUGACUUAACAUCCUGUGCCUUUGAAAUGUCAUCACUGUUGCAACACAGGGAAACACAGCAGCCAUUUUGUGCACAGCAAGAUUCCACAAACAGCACUGAGACCAGAUAAUCCAUUUUUGUAAAGUUGAGGGAUAAAUAUUGGCCAGAACACAGUGAGAACUCUCCUGCUCUUUGAAAUAAUGCUCUUUGCAUCCACUUGAAACGCCAACUGGGGCGCCUGACUUUAACAUUGCACCCAGUAGAUGGAACCUCUGAUAGCGCAGCACUCCCUCAGUACGGCACUGUCAGUGACAGGCCAGAUUUUGUGGUCAAACUUCUGGAGUGGGACUUAAACUGACAAGCUUCCAACUUCAAGAUGAGCUGCAUCAGAUACUUAAUGGAAAUUGGGGAUGAGGCUCUGGAAAUCGAGCUUUAUCCGUUUUUAUUUCUGGUAGAAUCGUUGGUGGUAGGUAGUGCCGGCAAGAACAUAACACAAAAACCAAGUUCCCCUGGAUUUUGGUGCCAUUCCCCAGAUAUUGACAUAGCCAAAGCAAAAGAUUAUGAAACCUUAAGCACAAAUUGCAUUCAGCACAACUCAAGAUACCAUAAUAUUUUUUUUACUAGUUUAAAUAAAUCACACUGAAAGCACGUCCCAAUCAUAAAAUUGGCCAUGGACCCAGGGUGAAUUCAUCACUUGGAUAUUUCUAUUCAUCACACUCAUUUGUCAAUCUUAGAGGAGCUGAAACAUUUGAGGUUUCAAGGUGUAAUAGAUACAUUUUCAAAAGGUUUUGAAUGCUUUCUUUCUAAUUUACUAAGGUAUUGACUACUGUACCUCAAUCUAGGUAGAAAAUAUUGUAUUUCUUUUUAAAAUUACCUUUAACGUUGGGUUAUUCACAGGUGGUGGAUGGACUCUGUGAUUUAAAAUGCUUAUUUUUUGUGAUCAAUCCAUUUUUAGCUGCAUCAAACAUGCCGCACCAAGUUACCACCCUUAAAUAUAUCAAGGAAUAUUUCUUAAAAGCAAAGUCUUUUUUCCUAAACAUAAAUUAAAUUUUAAAAGUUUGCCCGAUUGUGCUGGUUCAUGGUCGAUUUUGUAUUCAGCGAUAUGCAAACUGAGCGAGCAGAAAUUCAGGAAGAGAAAUUACUUUUUAAAACGGUUGCAGUUUACACCAGAAUCAGUGAUUGCAGCCAAAGCAGAAACUCUAGCCCCAAAUAAAUGACUCUUAUAAGUGAAGUCUGCAGAUGAAAUAGUCAUUAUCAAACCAUUCAAUUAAGAAAGCAUUUCUGAUGCCCAUUAUGAUAAGUCCUGCUUCAAUAUGAGUAGUUAGCAUUUUUAUCCUUCGUGCCAAAUUUACAAAAAUCUAGGCUGACAGUCCAGUGCAUUACUGGGGGCGUGCUGCACUUUACAAGAUGCACCUUUUGAAUGAGACAUUAAACCGAGGGUCUAUUUGCCCUCUCAGUUGGAAAUAAAGAACCCCAUAUGGCACCAUUUCAAAGAAGAGCAGGGGGUGUUAUCCCUGGUGGCCCGGCCAGUAUUUAUCUCUCAAUCAAAAUCAGACAAACAGAGAUAAAAGCAAAAGAGUCAUACGGAAUCGAAACGUUAACUGUGUUCCUCUCCGCAGAUGCUGUCAGACCUGCUGAGUUUUUCCAGCUGUUUUUGCUUUUGUUUCAGAGAAACAGAGUAUCUAGCGAUUGUGAUAUUGCUGUUUGUGGGAGCUUGCUUUGCAAAAUUGGCUGACGCAUUUCCUGCAUUACAACAGUGACUGCACUUCAAAAGUAACUUGUUGGCUGUAGAGUACUUUGGGACUUCCUGAGGUCAUGUAAGGAGCUAUAUAAAUGUAAGCCUUUCUUUUUAUUUAUGGGUGAAAGGAGAGAAAUAGGACAGACCAACUGACCAGGUAAUGCUGAUCUGUUACCUUUCUUGAUAGGCCUUAGCUGACGAUGCGGUUGGAUUGAUUAAAAAAAAGCUUCACAUCUUACAAUUUGCAGCCAUAAUUAGAGCCUCGAGACCUGUCUUUAGACAUUUCAGUUAUACAUGGGAUAUGUUGGAUUUAUCACAAAAAAUGAGCAUUUUAAAUCACAGUGUCCGUCCACCAUCUUUGACUAAACCAAUUUUAAUUGUGUUAAAUAUAUGUUAAUCAACUUUGCACUACUAUUUUAAUGACUGAAAGAAUAGAGGGGAGGGACAUUUUUCUCUUACUUUCUAUUGCAGUGAAAUGCCCCCAUUAAAAUACCACACGCUCAAUAAAUUAUGAUCAAAACUCAGUGUUGGCAAUCCAGUGGAUCGAUAGGGAUCUCUUCAAAAAGACUUAAAGAUUUGCAUUUACUUAGCAUCUUUUGACAUCACUCGAACACCUUAAAGCGCUUCACUCACAAGUCAUUUUUGAAGUGCAGUGUGCUCUAUACAAGCAUGUACAGCAGCCAUUUUAACACAGAGAAACCUCAGAGGCAGAAUUGCUGCUGACUCAUUUAUUGGUAUUCUGCUAGAGGCAGUAGAAGUAAAUUGCCUCUAUAAUACAGAAAAACAAAAACACUUGGUAUUGUAUAUUUCUUUCUUUUUUAAUUAUUUAUGAGGGAAAAUUUGAAUGUUGUAUGGCCGUGGAAUUACUAGCUGUAAAAACUAUAGCAACCCAUUGUAAAAAAUGUUGUAUGGAUAAUUUGCUCUCAUCCUUUUUAUGAUUCAUUUCAAUAAUUCAGUGUUCACAAUAGUAACCAAAUGUUUGAAAUAAAUGUUGUAAUGGAUGAUUUUGAAAUUUAUAAUGAAUGGAAAAAUUUGUACAAACAAUAAAAGUGAAUUUUAUUUUUAA